UUUUGAAUGUAUUAUCUAUUCUAACACGUUGCUAUCUUCAGAUUUACUUCGCUUAACACCUUCAUUGUUUUGCUAGAUGACGUUCCAAGAAAAUGAGGUUAAGGGUAUUGUUUUGUUUACUUAUCAAACAAAUUUAAUAACAAUGUUUGAAAACAGAUCGUUUGUGUAAUUCUAUAUAUAAUGAUUGAAUAUUUAUAUUUCAAUUGCAUAGAGGAUUAGUGCUUUUACGUUUAUAUUUUAUCAGUUGUACCGAGGCGUAAACAUAUUUAAAAUCCUGAUGACUUCCCACAAACAAAUUGCAAUUACUCAUUUUGUCGUGUCUUUUAUAUUAUUUUCCAUUACAUGUGCUUUGAAUUAUGUAUAUACUAUACUAUCGUUUGAUUUGACCACGUUAAUAUGCCUUCAAAGUCUUGUGAUCAUAAUUACAUUCAUUGGAGCCCAUAUAGGAGAAGACAAAAUUAGUAUUCCAUGUAGGGCAUCAAUGCUUGGUGGCCUUUUUGCCUUAGGAAUAUAUAUAAACUUUGCGACUUCGCCACACCUUCGGGUUUUUGGUAUUUACCUCUCGGUAAUGGCAUUCUUUCACUUCUCGGAGUUUAUAGCAAUUGCCAUGAUUCAACCUAAUCAAGUCACAGCCAAUUCCUUUGUGCUCAAUCACAGCCCCCAAUACAACAUUGCAGCAGUUACAUCGUGGGUAGAAUUUUUCCUUGAAGCUUAUUUUUUUCCUGAUCUAAAAGAACACUUUUAUGUCUCUUAUCUGGGGCUCGUCAUGUGCAUUGCUGGAGAGUUCUUAAGAAAAUUAGCCAUGCUAACGGCGGGAAGAAACUUUAAUCAUUUGGUACAAUCAGAGAAAGCCAGUGAUCAUGUACUUGUCACUGACGGUGUAUAUUCAUUUUUCCGCCACCCGAGUUACGUUGGAUGGUUUUACUGGGCGAUAGGUACUCAGAUUAUACUUUUGAAUCCACUUUGUAUUCCUGCAUAUGCAGCUGUUUCAUGGAUAUUCUUUAAUAGUAGAAUUUACAUUGAAGAAAUAACGCUUUUAAACUUUUUUGGUCAAAGUUAUGUCAACUAUCAGAAAGUCGUAAGUACUGGUUUACCAUUUAUAAAAGGUUAUGAAAUAUAACUGCAAUUACGUACUGAAAACUUGGACUGUCUAUUAAAUUAUGCUCAAAAAGUGUAUACCAGUCGAAGACAAUUAGUUUAUAAUAUACAUACUGUUAUUUGAUUUAACAAUUUGAUCAUGUAAAAUGUGAUUAAUAUAUGUAUACACGAAUA